AUGCCACCAAAAGGUUGGAGAAAGGACGCGCAAGGGAAUUAUCCCACCACAUCAUACAUCAAAGAACAAGAGAAUAUCACAAUCCAGGACUUACUGUUCCCCAGAAGCGCCAUCGUAAAUUUGGCGCGUGAAGUGCCCCAGCAAAGUGGCAAAAAGCUGUUGAUAAACAAAGACGCCUCAUUAGCGUUGCAGCGCGGUGCCACUGUGUUUGUUAACCACUUGCUCUUGUUUGCAAGAGAAAUUGCCAAGAGCCAGGAUAAAAAGAGUUGCAGUGUAGAUGACGUUUUGAGCGCAUUGGAUCACAUAGGGCAAUCAGCUUUGAAGGGAGCUGUCAGAGAUAAGCUCGAAGAAUACCAAGCUGCCGUUGAAUUGCGGAAAAAGGAAAAGCCUGAAAACGGCGACACUGAUACCAAUGCUGAUGCUGAUGCUGACGUGGAUAUGACUAUAGGGGGAGAUAUGGGAACCACACCUGCAGAAGAGGCCGGCGAACUUGAGGAAAUGGAAGAACACGAACAAGAGGGAGAGCCAUCGCAGACUGCGGAAGAGGCCUCUGACAAGAAACAGAAAACAGAAAUACAAAAUGCAGACGCUACGAUACGAAGCCCUGAGGAGAUGCCGUCCUCCACUGGAACCGUUCUCUAG